CUGGUGGUCAUCGGCGGCCUCGUGUUUUGGGAGCUUCAGAGCAGGGAGCAGAUCGUAUCCAGUGGACUCUUCACCGAGCUUCAGGUGAAUGAGACGCUGCUGUUCGGCCCGAUCCUGUUCCUCAUCGUUGUGGCCCUGUUCUUCAUGCGCCUGUUUCCGUUAUUCGUCCGCUACAUCGGCGGGGAGUCGCCGGGUCUCGUUCAUCUGCUGACCGGCCUUUCGGUAGCCGGGCUCGCAGGAGGCACGCUGUUUUCCGGUUACCAGGACGGCACACUCUCGGAGGCGUAUCUGCCUGCGGCCAUUGUGUUGGCCGGAGGAGCGGCCUAUUACGUGACGUAUCGGUUCAUAAGGGGAAGGUGGAAGUGGGUCGGCGUGGGGGCGCAGGCGGCGGCGGUCGCGGCGUACGUGUUUACCGGGGACAUUCACCCGUCCAAUACGCUAUUCAACGCUGAAAUCGGUCUAUUGGCUAUCGUCCCGGCCCAAAUUCUGUACCAACUGCUAGCCCUCGUUACCCGAUCCGCGCCGGCUUGGCUUUCGAUCAGCCUGUGGCACAUGGCACGGAAUCCCCUUCAGUACACGUGGCUGGUGCUUCUGCUCGUGCUGGUAACCGGCCUGGGCAUCUUCGCAACGACCGUGGGGGGCACAUUGACCCGCAGCCAAGACGAGCAGAUCCAGUACGAUACUCCAACCGACAUGCGCAUUCAGGGCACGCCCCUGUUUCUCAGCGAGGGCCUGCAUGGAAUGCGUGAAGCGUUUGUCGGCACGCCGGCGAUCGACAGCGGAGCGCUCGGAUACCGGACGAGCGCUUAUAUUGGGAAUAUCAGUAUGCAGCUAUUGGCGCUGGAACCUGAGGCGUUCGCCGACAUCGCAUGGUUUCGGGACGACUUCGCGAACACCGGCUUGGAGCAAAUCAUGGGCAUGAUCGCCGUUGCCGAUGGGCAUAACGGGAUCACGAUGCCGGCCGAUUCCCAGAGCAUCGGCCUGUGGAUCAAGCCGCUAGAGUCCCAGCCGCUGAUGUCCGUUUGGGUGGUUGUCCAGGACAGUGCAGGCAUCGUAAGAACCGUGUCGCUGGGCGAAGUCGGAGAGCUGGGAUGGCACAGGGCAAGCAACGAUCUGCCGGCAGACCUCACAGGGCCAUUCGACCUUAUGGCCGUAUCACUGUACGAGCCGGGAACGACAACGCAGACUUCAGGCGGAGGGACGCCAGGAACGGUGCUGUUUGACGACGUGUACGUGGAGCUCUCGGACGGAUCGAAGCGGGUCUUGGAAGGGUUUGAAGGCGAGAAUGUUUGGUCGCCCAUUCCUACGAGUUUCUUCAACUCGGACGUUCUCUACACCUCGCCGGACGACCCGUUCACCGGAGCGCGGUCGGGCGUGUUUACGUUUGGGACGGACAGGAACCGGUCGGUCCGCGGGAUAUACGACGCGUCGGCCGGAGGCGUCAUACCGGUCGUCAUAAGCCGUGGAGUUGCCGAGGCCACGGGACUGCGUCCCGGCGUGUCCCAGAUCGUGAGCGUAUCGGGCUGGCUGGUGCCCGUCGAGAUCACAGGGGUCAUCGAACUUUUCCCGACACUCAAUACGGCGAACUCCGGAUUCAUGCUGGCCGAUCUCGACGCGCUGCUGACAUACAUGAACAUGAUGAGCCAGCUAUCGACCGUGGAGGCGAACGAACUGUACCUUCAGAAGACGGGAGACUCACCCGAUAUCGUCGAGGAGAUCACCGAAGAGAUGGUGUCGAUCCUCUUGAAGGUCAACGACACCACGGCGCAACGGAGGAAAUCCGUCGGGACCCGCUUCAAAACGCCGGAUGGCGGGCCCUGGUCUUCAUGGCCCUAG